AUGAUUGAUGAUCAGCAGCUGGGGUUUCUUGCCAAUUUUCUAGGGAUUUUUAUAUUUGGACUGGUAAUUGCUUACCAUUACGUGAUGGCCGAUCCCAAAUAUGAGGGAAACUGAAACCAUUAGACAGUUAAAUUGUAUACAUGUUAGAUAAGAACUUAAAUUAUGUUCGUAAACAUGUUAGUUUUCUUUGCAUAAUUGAACCGCUUUGUUUUGGUCGAUCUUCUUUUACAUACUAAAGAUUGAUCUAUGAUCGAUUUUCGUUA